AUAUGUUAACUUGGAGGAAAUAGAUUUGAAGAACCCUCUUAAGAACAUUUAAGACCGGGAUUAGAUACUCCAAACCUAGAUCAAACAAAAUAGUUAGAACUUUAGCCAGAACAGCUGAAACAGCUGAUAUAUGGAGAAACCACGUGGUGGGAGUGCUUCCGGUCCUAAGGUUCUAUUUUCCGAGGAGGGGGAGAGUGUUCUUAAGCAGUGGGAAAAUAUGCACCGUCCUCCUGCUAUAGGUGAGAGUAUAGCUCCCUCUGGCCCUGUUCGAGGAGGAGGGUUCGGACCAAGAUCUGCUAAAUCUCCAGGACAUAAUGCUCUCGCACAAACACAUAAACAGCAGAGAGAUAGAAGGUGGAGUGUGAUCAGUGUCAAUCAAACGAAGGAAGUUUCAAAUUUUCCGCUGAAAUCUGUGAAGGAAGGACCUGAACCAAGACGUCCCAGUGAGGUUUGGUUAGCUGAGACUGAGAGUAUAGAUGUCUGUGCUCUACUGCUCACGUUCCUGUCCUGUAUUCUUAUCCUUCUUACCCUUCCAUUCUCAUUGUGUACAUGUAUCAAG